AUGUUAUGUCCUUUAGGGACGUGUUCUGAAUUAAAAUAACUAAGAUGAAUUAGUCUGUUGAAUUAACCUAUAAUUAUCUAUUUUAAUAUCAGUGUGUUACCUUCUGUCAUUUGAUGCGCUAUCAAUGUAGUGCAUGUGCUCGUAUAUGUAUAUGUGAAGAAGAUGAAUAAAUACCGACCGCGAUGAGCUGAGCUCAGUCGUAUUCUGAACAGCAACAACGUUAGUUAUACUUUUAUGCUAAAGCUAAACCGAAAGCUAUCCCCCCGGAUUUUGUGAGAUAUAUCAUCUGUCGACGCGGAAAAACUGGAAAGCGUGCAUUUUAUUAGAAAUACACAAGUGUAGUCAGUGCGGUUGUGCGGAAGAAAAUUGUGAUUCUGUCGGCGGAAAGGUCGGUGAAAAACUUCGAUUCCCCCAGGGAAAGAAUCUUGCUUCAUCAGCCGGAGGAGGAUCUAAGCGGAAUCGUCGGACGUGCAUUCCUCCAUUCUGUAACCCGGUAAUUCCAUUUGCCGUUGCCGGUGCCAUCCGGUUUUUGGAGAAAACACGGCUGAUUGGCUAGUUGAAGCUCUGCUCAGUGGCAAGGGUCAUUCUCCGGGCGAUAAGGACAUCCUACUAGCUGUAGGACAGGCGCUGAUCAGCUGAUAUCGAAUAGCCUGAUCGCUAUACCGGCCUCCCCAUAAUCAAUUCGCUGGCUGACUGGCUCGUGAAAAGUGAAGGUUGCAGAUCUGGUAAGCUACUCCAUUUUUUGUAAUAUCCUGGUGUUUGGUGAUUCGCAGCUGAAAUGGCGCAGGCUACUUUGACGACAAAUAUGGAACCCUACAGAAAGGGAACGUCUUUCACUGAGUGGGUAGAACGUUUGGGCUCUGUUUUUCGUUUGAAUAAAAUUAGAGAUGAGGACAAGAAAGACUAUUUUGCUACAUUGUGCGGGCCAGCUGUUUACAGCGAAGUAAAGCUCUUGUUCCCUAAUGAUAGUUAUGACAAUAUUGCAUAUGAUGAAAUGAUCAAAAAGUUAAAAAGUAGAUUCGACAAAUCUGAAUCCGAUAUUAUUCACAGAUUUAAAUUCAAUCAUCGCGUGCAACAACCCGAUGAGACGAUAGAAGAUUUUGUGCUCUCUGUAAAAUUACAGGCGGAAUUUUGUUCAUUUGAAAACUUCAAGGAGAAGGCCAUUCUUGAUCGAAUUAUUGCAGGGGUUAAAGAUAAAGCGCUACAGACAAAAUUGCUGAGUGAGGAAAAUUUAUCCUUGCAAAAUGCUGAAAAACUGGUGGUCACUUGGGAGAUGGCGGCCAGCAAUGCAAGAAAAAUGGGUACAAAUGAUUCUUAUGGACAUAUAUCCUCCCUCCGCCAGCGUGGUCCAGCGGGUUCAGCUUUUAAAAAGCUUGAGGAAACGUUUCGUUUGGCCUCAGAAUCCUCUAUUAACACUAAUCAGCGGGGUCCGGUGAAAAGUCGUUUAGGCUACCAGAACCAUCAGGGACAACGGCCAUAUAUUCGGCAAAAGCAAAUAGGUUGGAACAAAGGGUCUUCUAAACAAAAAGAGUUUGUUGAAGAUAGGUUUUGUGAAUUCUGUGGUUCAAAAGGUCAUUUGAAGCGCAAAUGUUUCAAAUUGAAGAAUUUGAAAAGAGACUCUGUGCAAUUUAUUGAGGACUGGAACACAGAAAAUGGCGUUAAGAAAGAUGGAGAUACCAGUAUCAGUGGACUUUUCAACCGGCUUAGGGCUGACAAAUCAGACAGCGAAGAUGACGACAUGGAUACAGGUGGCAAUUGGAAGCGUGCGAACAACAGCGCAUCGCACUCAAAUACGACCGUAUACUGAUCCGGAUCAUUCGGAGCGACCCAACGUGAUGCUCCCAGUGCCGAGCUCUCGUGACAUGGCUGGUCCUAGCACCGUACCGUUGUCGGUCGAUUGUGAUGAACUCGAAGCGUGUCCAGCGGAGCCACCCAGUACAAAGCGGAAGAGGAGAUUGGUCGAGGCAUCACCCGUCACUUUGAGGCGAUCGAAGCGCACUCGAUUUAACAAAACUGAUCCGAAUUAUGUAUAUUUUGCGUAGUGAUAAGGUGCAAAAAAUGAAUUAAUGUUCAUUCAAAUUUUAAAGUGUUGAUUAACGUUGAACUUUCGAAGGGUGAAGAAGAUGUUAUGUCCUUUAGGGACGUGUUCUGAAUUAAAAUAACUAAGAUGAAUUAGUCUGUUGAAUUAACCUAUAAUUAUCUAUUUUAAUAUCAGUGUGUUACCUUCUGUCAUUUGAUGCGCUAUCAAUGUAGUGCAUGUGCUCGUAUAUGUAUAUGUGAAGAAGAUGAAUAAAUACCGACCGCGAUGAGCUGAGCUCAGUCGUAUUCUGAACAGCAACAA